AUGAUCAACUUCAAAAAGCUAACAAACAAAAGAAAUCGGGAUUCAUCUGAUGACCAGGGAAUGGAGCCAUCCAGAACCCCUAAUGAGCAGACUAGGGAGCAUAUCAUUGAUAAGUACUGUCUUUGCAAUCAAGAUACUGUGGAAGUAAAUUGUACCAUGAACACCCAAGUCUUUGGUGAAGCCCAACCAGGUCUCAGAUAUUUCCAAACAGAAAGUAUGCCUGUUCAAAAUAUGACUCUAAUGGGACAACCAGGGUUGGGCUACUUAGUCCCAGUGAUCAUCGAGCAAUUGGAAUUAGAUGAAAAUAAUGUACAAAGACCUUUGAAUGCAGUCUCUAGUUCAUUUCAGCAAUCUCCAAAUCAUGAUUUUCCUUUAAAUUCUCAUGCAGAAAGUUAUUCUAGUUUAAAUUGUUUGGAAAUUGGGAAUUAUAAUACACGUCUUGCUACUGCCCCUCAGCCUGCCGAUGCAUUCUCUGGGCUGGCUCAGGCCCCAGAGGGGGCGGAGACCAGCCUCAGACUUGCCAUGGACAGACCAGUGAAGGAAGAAAGAGGUAAUUCCAUCUACAAAAUUGAAGAAGAAAAAGAGGAGAGGAAAGAAAGUCACUCACAAGGCUCCAGCCAAGGCAGGCGUAGAGCUAAAAACGAGAUCAACUUUGGAGAAGAACUACAGCAAUACCAAGGGUUCUAUGAAGAGCUAGGAAAGCCGCAGACUAUGGACAAGAACCAAACCAAUUACAGGUGAAAAGUCUCAAUGUGCAACAAAGGAUUCAGCAGAGCCCAGAAUAUGGUAAUGCAUCUCAGAGUCCACUUUGGAGUCAAGGAUUAUGAAUGAAAUCAAUGCGGCAAAAGGUUCACUCAGAAAGGAAAUAAAGAUAAGCAUAUGAAGCUCCAUGAGAUCCCAAGGCUUGAGGACAGAAGGACUUUUGAGUGACGUCUCUGAAGGGGCAAAUUCACAGAAAAACAUAACCUUCAGUUUAAUUUGAAGAACAUGCAUGGAGUUGACCCAAAAAGGGAUGAAUAAUUGAGCACGUUACCCCCUUUAAAAUACAGAUUCCAUCGUUA